AUGGUGCAUCAUGCUAGGAGGAUUGGUAGGCCAGUCUAUCGGAGGCCAUAUCCAGAGCAUUUUGAUCAAGAGGAAUUUCCGAGGGGUUUCAAGGUUCCGGAUUUUGCACUAUUUUCGGGAGAUGGGCUCCAAUCAACCGUUGAACACAUCGGUCGAUUCACGGCCCAGUGUGCUGAGAUUGGCCACCGCGAGGCUCUGAAACUAAGGCUGUUUUCAAGUACCCUUACGGGGGCAGCAUUCUCAUGGUAUAUUAAGCUUUUGCAAAACUCAGUCCCGAAUUGGCAAGUUAUGGAGCAAGUCUUCCACAGGCAAUUCUAUCGACAAGAACCAGAAGUCUCGAUGGCCGACUUGGCGAAGAUAAGCCAUAAGCCAAGUGAGUGGGUGGACCGAUACGAAGCUGUUCUAAAGGAGGAGCAACAAAAAGGGCGGCCGACAUUUUAUAGGGAUUCAACCAAACCUUCCGGGUCUAGGACUACGUCGGUCCACGUGGUGGACAUUGAAGAUAUAGAUUCAGAAGAAAGAGGUGAUGAAGUUUGCUUCGAGGAAGAAGAAGAGUCGGCCAGGGAUCUCAUCGAUCGGAAGAUCUUGAAAUUUUUGGAGAAAGCUACAAUGGGCGUCGACUAG